AUGGCUGCUGGCGUAACAACCCCAACGAGUCUUGCUGGGCGUCCUUUUACCCCUCCACCAACCGAGGAGAAACCCUCAUCUAAGCGAACCGAGGCCGUCAUCAACUUUUUCCGACGUCAUCGGGGGGCUUCCGGCCAGGCGCGUGGACUCAGUACCAGGUCGACUCCGGCGACUAUAAGAGCCUUUUAA